AGCGCACUUCCGGCCCUCACGGAAGUUGCUGCGCGGUCGUUUCCGAGGCGGAGUGAGGUAGAGAAGCCUUCCUAAUGGAUCGCAGCCGCAGCCCGAGCCCCAGCCGCAGCCGCAGCGGUAGCCGCAGCCGCAGCGGCAGCCGCAGCCGCAGCCGCUCCCGCUCCCCGCAGAGGGAGCCAGAACAGAAGCGGUCCCCGUCUGCUUCUCCCGAGAAAGAGCAGAAGAGUGGGGACAAGUCUCCGGCCGGGGAGGGAGAGCCGAGGAGCCGCUCUGGGUCUCCGCCCCAAAGACGCUCCAGAUCCCCAAGACGUCCUAGAUCCACUUCUCGUUCUCCUUCUCGACCGAAAGAAAGGAAAGAUGAAGAAAAGAAAGAAACAAAGAGCAAAGAAGGUCAGAUAACUGAGGAAGAUGUAGAGGGCCAAACAGAAGAAGAAAUAGAAAUGAUGAAGGUAAUGGGAUUUUCCGCCUUUGAUUCAACAAAAGGAAAAAGGUUGGAUGGCUGUGUAAAUGCCUAUGCCGUAAAUAUAUCUCAGAAAUUCAGAGAGAGAGAAGAGGAAAAGAGAAGAGAGAGAGAGAGAGAAGCACGAGAGAGAAACAAUAGGCGGUAUCGCUCACGCACCCCGACCAGGGACCGAUACCGCAGCUCAAGCAUGCGCCACGACCGAGAUUCAUACCGGAGACACCACAGUUCACGGGACUACGAGCCACACCGGCCAAGGCUAAAAUUAUAGAUGUAAAAUAUAUCUCUUCUAAAUUACUCUCCUAGUUGAUUGUGCAAGGAUUUUAACUGUAAAUACAUUAUCUUGUUAAGUGGAAACAUUUUAUUAAUACCACAGGUCAAACCAAUUCAUACUUAAAAUCUUACUGAAUUCCUAAUGAAUUGGAAAGUCAGGAAAACAUCUUCAAAUAUUGUCUUUCUCUCUACCUUUAUCACUAAUAAAAGACUUAACAUUCCAAUUAAUUUAGAAUAUGAAUAAUGUGAUUUGAGAAUGCUGGUGAGUUAAGGAACCAGUCAUCAUUGACAUUUCCUUUGUAAAGUUACCUUCAAAUAAAGUGUUCUGGAGAACACCAGUAGAGUAUGUAGUCAAGAGUUUUCUAUACUUCUAUUUGGAUUUUACAGUAGUCUAAAAUGCUUUUGCUUAUUUUGAAAGUGAAUAAUACCAUCUUACUACACAUUAAAUAAUCUUGAAUACUUCUUACCCUAUACUUUGCCAUCUUAAAGGUGAUUCAGGCGUAAUCUCUGAGUCAUGUGAUCAUUAUUUUUAUUUUUUGAAGAGCAAGAGACAUGUAUUUGUUGUUCCACUUAAAUCAUUAAUUGAUUCUUUGUGCACUGAGGAUCAAACCCUCAACGUUGGCAUUUGGGGACGAUGCUCGAACCAACUGAGCUACCCGACCAGGGCCAUGAUGAUUUUUUCUAAAGAGGAGUCCAGAAUUUUUUGUAAAAUAAACAUUGAACUUUCUCUUCUUGUCAUAGGCAGGACUUGAAUGGCAAAGGUGGAUUCAACAGACCUUUGGAUUUCGUUGCGUGAGAAUUGAAAUGUCGAAGAAUGGUUGUUUUUUCCUUCAUCUUGAUCAGAAGAGUGGGUUUUGUUUUUUUGUAUUUCAUUGCAUCAAAACAGGAUCACAGUCCUUCUUUGUGUAAAGUAAGAAAAUUUUACCUAUGGUGUGUGUAGUUCGCUUACCUUGCCUCAAAAGAAGAAAUGUUAAAGAUUCAUUUAUUUCUUUUAGGAAGUAUCAUUUGGGGCAAUCAUCAACCCCAUUUUUUUUUUGUUUUGUUUUUAUUCCUGUGGAAACUGUAUAUGUUUUCUUCUUGGGUGCUUGAUAGGACUUCUUAAAACACGUAGAUGUAAUUUGGAUGUAAGCUUCUCAAAUAAAGCGAUAUUUCUA